AUGCGCCCUACAGAUCGUCUUAAAUCAUCAUCUAUUUCGUCCGCAGCACCAUCUCCCUUUUCCUCUGCUUCCCAUCCAUAUACAUCGCCCAUCGUAUUGGUUGCCUCCGACGUGGAUGGCACCCUCCUUGGUAGCUCGCACACAAUUUCUCCUCGUACAAUUGCUUCCAUCCGCGCCCUCCGAAAGAAGGGAAUUCUCUUUGUGCCUGCCACAGGAAAAUCCCGUGGGGGGGUUCGAAAUGCGCUAGGCGCGUUGGGUGAGGAGCUCACCUCAAGUAUGGCUACAGGCGGGGUCUAUCUCCAAGGUUUGAUCGUGUACAAAGGUGGAGAAGUCAUUUAUGAACGAAUGCUAGAUCCCCAAGUCGCGCUGGACGUGAUGAGAUUCGCACGGGAGAGAAACGUGUCCCUCAUCGCCUUCAAUGGAGAUCGCAUUCUAUGUGAGAAGAUGGAUGCGACCAUUGCGAGCGUUACACAACAACACGAGCCCAUGCCGGUGGUUGUCUCCCUCGAAGCGUUUUUGUUAGCGUCGUGCCACUCCCUCGGCCCGGCUUCAGCCCCAUCUUCCUCUUCAACUCCGUCAGUCAAAGUGUCUGUAACUACGUCGACUUCCUCUCCUACAUCUACGGCCUCUUCUGUACAACCGCCCCCUCCCGUGGCGGCUACAGCAGUGUAUGCAUCCUCACGAACCCCACAUUCGCCGCAGGCCCCGGCGCCCUCAUCAUCCAACCGCACAGAAAGCACCAGCAUCCAUAAGCUUAUUCUUCUCGGCCCUCCUCCCCUCAUGGCAUCCCUUCGGCCUGCCCUCGAAAGCUUUCUGGGGCCAAGGGCAAGCAUCACCAAGGCCCAAGACGACAUGCUAGAAGUCCUUCCGUCCGGCGGUUCGAAGGGAUUGGGACUGAGGAAGCUGCUGGAAGCUUUAGACGUGCCAACAUCCAGAAUUCUUGCCAUAGGAGACCAGGAGAAUGAUUUAGAGAUGCUGAAGAUGGCGGGGACGGCGGUAGCCAUGGGGAACGCGCCCAGGCACGUGAAGGCAGUUGCGGGUCAUAGCACUCGCUCGAACGACGAGGAUGGCGCCGCCAGGGCCUUUGAACGAUUUUGCUUGCAGGAAUUGUCUGGCUUGAUAUGA